CCGUACUGUACUUGCUUCGUCAGAGCUGUGCACAGUGUGCAAUAACAUCAGGACGCGCUGCAGAACUCGUUGCCCGUGCAUUUCUUGACUAUCUCAUGGCUUGGCUGUACUUGCUGCUGCUCCUGGGCCCCUGUGCUCUUCCUUGCACCUCUUACAUGCAGGACACUGCACCACCACUCUAUAAUAUAAGCCUUGACCUGCCACCUGAGCAGCGAUGGGAGCCUGUGCUGAAGAAUUACAACUAUUCAUACUUGAGAGAGGCAAUGGAACAAGUACUAGACACAUAUGUACCGAAAUGGGUCCAUGAGAUCAUACGUCCACUAGCAGAAGUGGAUUUAGAGCUUUUCCUUCAUGAACCAUAUGCUGGAGAGAUGAAAGGUAUAGCCAGGGCACUGCAAAUUCAACCUGGUGACGUGGUCCUAUUAAACCUUUGUUAUGAAGCAACAGCGUUUUGUACAAGUAUUAUUGCUCAAGAUGAAAAAGGAAAUAUUUAUCAUGGAAGGAACUUAGACUACAACUUUUCAGAUUUGUUAAGAAAUCUGACUUUGGAUUUACAUUUCACAAGGAAUGGGCAGGUAGCAUACUCCGGUACAUCAUUCCUGGGGUAUGUCGGACUUUGGACAGGACAAAGCCCCUACAAAUUUACAGUCUCUGGUGAUGCAAGAGAGAAUGGAGAAUGGUGGAAGAAUGCAGUGGCUGCUUUCUUCAAGAGAAACUCCCCUGUGAGCUGGCUCAUCAGAGAUGUCUUAAGUGAAGCAAAGGAUUUUGAGUCUGCGGCACUCCAGCUAUCCAAAACUCCAAUCAUAGCUGAAGUUUACUACAUUAUGGGAGGCACAAAACCAAGAGAGGGGUUGGUCAUAACAAGAAACAGGGAAGGACCUGCAGAUAUAUGGCCUCUGGAUCCAUUAAGAGGACAAUGGUUUCAUGUAGAAACCAACUAUGAUCACUGGACUACUCCACCACCAUCAGAUGACCGCAGGACUGUUGCUGUAAAGGCAAUGAAUGCAACUGGACAGGCAAAUAUCAACACAGACACCUUAUAUAAGGUAUUAUCAGUAAGGCCAGUGCUAAAUCGAAUGACUAUCUAUACCACAAUAAUGAGUGCUGCCUUUCCAGAGAAAUAUACCACUCGCAUUAGGAAAGUAUAGCAAAGAUUGCAAAAAGCUGAACCUGAACAUGCAUAUGAACAAAAUAUGAGCCAUGUACUACUGUAAAAUAAUUUUAACUUGUAAUUUAUUUUUCUAUAACAUUUUUAAAUCAAGACAACUUUGUAAAAUCAUCUAAACAUCAUUGUAUGUUUUUUUUAUCCUUUAAAAAUUAAUUUGUCUUAAAAUAAAAAUUUUAAAAGAUGAA